AUGUCAACUGAAAAAAAGGGAAUCAGAAUUAGUAUCGAUAGAGGUGGUACCUUUACCGAUUGUAUCGGGAGCAUGAAUGUACCUGUAUCGAAAGAAUAUCCGCUAGGGCGUCGUGAAGUUGUGGUGAAGUUAUUAAGCGUCGAUCCUCAAAAUUAUCCGGAUGCUCCUCGUGAAGGAAUUAGAAGAAUCCUGGAAAUCUUUACGGGGAAGCCUCACCCUAGGGAUAAACCUGUUUUUGAUAAUUUCUUGAUAAAGAAUCAAUUCGUAUGGGAACAACCGUUGCCACCAAUGCCUUGCUUCAAGGAUCUCCUAAUCAUAGGAAACCAGGCACGCCCAAAGAUUUUCGAUCUUGCCAUCCGUAAGCCUGAUGUUUUGUAUCAAAAAGUCGUGGAAGUCGACGAACGUGUAAGUUUGAUUGAAGAGGCCUCUAACGACGAUUCAGGAGAUGUCUUGCGAGGAAUUUCCGGUGAACAUCUCGAGAAGGUAAAAGAAGAUAUGCGAUCUUUGUACGCAGAAGGAUUCAGAAGUGUGGCGAUAUGUUUGAUGCAUUCCUAUACUUAUCCAGGUUACAUAGAAACAAUUUUCUUUGGUCACGAGCAUCAACUUGGUCAAUUGGCGUUGGAUGUCGGGUUUACACACAUUUCGCUUUCAGCUUCAAUAAUGCCAAUGAUUAAAAUUGUUCCACGGGGCACAUCAUCAACGGCCGAUGCGUAUUUAACUCCCUGCAUCCGUAAAUAUAUUAGCGGAUUUAUCUCAGGAUUUGAUGAAAAUUUGGAGAAAAACGUUAGAUUAGAAUUCAUGCAAAGCGACGGAGGUCUGGUACCAGUAUACAAAUUUUCUGGGUUAAGGGCGAUACUGUCAGGGCCCGCUGCCGGUGUUGUGGGUUAUGCUUUAACCUCUUAUAGUGAGAAGGAACGUACUCCUGUUAUUGGAUUUGACAUGGGCGGAACCAGCACAGACGUAUCACGUUUCGACGGCCGAUACGAACACGUAUUCGAGACUACAACGGCCGGCGUAGCAAUUCAGGCUCCACAAUUAGAUAUUAAUACGGUCGCUGCUGGUGGCGGAUCACGUCUAUUCUUCCGCAAUGGAAUGUUUGUCGUUGGACCAGAGAGCGCAGGUGCGCAUCCAGGUCCAACUUGCUACAAAAAAGGUGGGCCAUUAACCGUAACAGACGCAAAUUUAAUUCUCGGUCGGUUAAAUCCGGACCAUUUCCCCAAAAUAUUUGGUCCCAAUGAGGAUCAGCCAUUGGACGUAGAAGCUACAAGACACGCAUUUGAGGAUCUCUCAAAGGAAAUAAAUGCCUUCAAUUUGGAUGGCAAAGAAAUGAGCAUAGACGAAAUUGCUUUCGGCUUUAUAAAAGUGGCUAAUGAAACAAUGUGCCGUCCAAUUCGUGCUCUUACCGAAGCAAAGGGUCAUGACACAUCAAACCAUAUUCUCGCGUGUUUUGGAGGCGCUGGUGGUCAACAUGCAUGCGCGAUUGCUCAGAACUUGGGCAUAAGUAAAAUAUUAAUCCAUCGUUAUAGUUCGAUUUUGUCAGCUUAUGGUCUUGCGUUAGCUGAUGUGGUGCAUGAAGUUCAAGAACCGUGUUCAAAAAUAUACUCUGACGAUUCCUUGUCAUACUUAAUGGAAAGGAUUCAAGCCUUGUGUGAAGCUUGCACCAAUGAACUUAAAUCACAAUGUCUUACCAAAGAAUCACAAAUUAAGCACGAAAUCUAUCUUAACCUGAGAUAUCAAGGCACAGAUUUUGCAUUGAUGACCCUAAAACCAAAUGAUUCUUGGAACUUUGCUCAGUCAUUUGUUGAUCAAUAUCGACAAGAAUUCGGGUUUACUUUUCCGGAUCGUGAUAUCUUCGUAGAUGAUAUUAGAGUUCGUGGCAUAGGUGGAAGACAUGACACCUCUCAGCAUGAUGUAUUUGAAGAGAUAAAAGGAAUUAACCCCACCCCUGUGGACGCGUCUCAAAACGAUGGUCAUGCCUUUAUUUAUUUCGAGGGUGGUCGUCGCAAGACCCCAACUUAUCUUUUGGAAAAACUUCAGGUUGGCAACACUAUCUCCGGACCAGCAUUGAUAAUUGAUGCAAAUUCGACGAUUCUCGUGACUCCAUCUUGUAAUGCAUUAAUUACUACUUCGCACGUAAUGAUUACGGUUGGUAAUGGUGUCAGAUCAACAGUGACUACUGAAUUAGAUCCAAUUCAACUUUCGAUAUUUGGACAUCGGUUCAUGAGUAUUGCUGAACAAAUGGGAAAUACUCUGCAGAAAACUGCCAUAUCUACUAAUAUUAAGGAAAGAUUGGAUUUUUCCUGUGCAUUAUUUGGAUCUGAUGGAGGAUUGGUUGCAAACGCUCCACACAUUCCAGUACAUCUUGGCAGUUUAAGUCACGCUGUCAUAUACCAAAUGAACUUUUACAAUGGUACCCUGGAAGACGGAGAUGUCAUCAUGACAAAUCAUCCUAAAGCUGGUGGUUCGCACCUACCUGAUAUUACUAUUAUCACGCCGGUAUUCAAUGAAGGUGAAAUUGUAUUUUUUGUUGCCUCAAGAGGUCAUCACGCAGAUAUUGGUGGCAGCCUACCUGGCUCUAUGCCACCACAUUCAAAAGAAUUAUACCAAGAGGGUGCCGCCAUAAAAUCCUUUAAACUUGUGUCCAAGGGAAAUUUUGAUAUCGACGGCCUUACAGAUAUUAUGUUGCACGAACCUGCUCAGAAUCCUGGUUGCAGUGGAACUAGAUGCCUCCGUGAUAAUAUCUCGGAUUUGAAAGCCCAAGUGGCAGCUAACCACAAAGGCAUUACACUUGUGAAAGCUUUGAUUAAAGAGUAUGGGCUGGAUGUCGUUCAGGCGUAUAUGAUGCAUAUCAGAAAGAAUGCCGAACUAUCUGUUAGAAAUCUAUUAAAAGGCGUUAGUCAAAAAAAUGGCAACGUCUUAAAAGCGACGGAUUAUAUGGACGAUGGAACUCCCAUAAAUUUACAAAUAACUAUUGAAGAGAAGGAAGGUUCAGCGAUAUUUGACUUUGCUGGAACUGGGCCUGAGGUUUAUGGAAACACCAAUGCUCCAUUAUCGGUUACAUGUAGCGCGAUAAUUUAUUGCCUGCGGUCCUUAAUUACAAACGAUAUUCCCUUAAACCAAGGAUGUCUGUCUCCGAUUGACAUUCGAAUUCCAGAAAACUCGAUUCUAAAUCCGUCAGAUAGGGCCGCUGUGGUAGGCGGAAAUGUCUUGACAUCCCAAAGAUUGGUAGAUACGAUAUUGAAAGCUUUCCAAGCAUGCGCAGCAAGUCAAGGGGAUUGCAAUAAUUUGACCUUCGGGAAAGAUGAAAUUACUGUUAAUGGGAAAAAAGUUAAGGAUGGAUGGGGGUAUUAUGAAACCAUUGCUGGAGGCAGCGGUGCAGGACCUACAUGGAACGGUCAAUCUGGCGUGCAUGUUCAUAUGACAAAUACAAGAAUCACUGACCCAGAAAUUCUUGAAAGAAGAUUGGAUCAUUCUGUUUUGCUUCGUGAAUUUUCUUUACGCAAAGGGUCCGGCGGAAAAGGGCUGCACAGAGGGGGAAACGGAGUAAUACGAGAUCUAGAAUUUCGUGACUCUAUACAGGUAAGCAUCCUGUCUGAGAGAAGGGUGUAUCAUCCGUAUGGAUUGAACGGCGGAAAAGAUGGAUCCAGAGGAUUAAAUCUUUGGAUACGUAAAAAUAAUGGCUCAGAUCAUGGGAAAAGGAUACUUAAUCUAGGUGGAAAAAAUACAUUCAAGGUGGGAAUUGGUGAUAGAGUUAUUAUUUGCACACCUGGAGGAGGAGGCUGGGGUGUUUCUGCUGACACAGAUGAUGAGAACGAUCUAGACGAAGCUUUCACGAGGUUUCUCUAA